AUGGCGCAGAAGGAAAACGGUAACGCUACGGUGACGGUUCCACCACAUCAAAUGCGUUAUAGCGGUGUGAGAAAGGUUCCAGGUGGGAAGUACAUAGCUGAGAUAAGAGAUCCCGGCAAGAAGAGACGUGUCCGGCUCGGGACUUUUGAUACACCGGAGAAAGCUGCUCGAUUUUACGAUCUGGCCAUGUGGCUGUUACGGGGCCACAGGCCCGUGAACAAUUUUACUCAGACAACUAAGGAAUACCUUCAAUAUGCUAACCGCGGUGGCUCUAACGACGACAGUGGAUCUAGGGUCAAGAGUCAGCCAGAGCCUCCAAAUCUUGAGCUUUCCCUUGCACCUCCAGGGAGCAUGUGA